GAAAUCUUUGGCCAAUUAAACGCUUCGAAACUUUUGUAACGUCAAACGAAACGCACUUUGAAACACUGAUAUAUACUUUUUUUAUUUGGUAACAAGCACGUGCUAGUAUGCAUUAUACGACACAUCGUAUAUGUAAUCAAAUUACAAUCGGGGAAAAAUGCAUUACUAUUAUAUGAUGACACGGUUACAUCGAUGAACGAUAAUCAAUGGAGUUCAUUACGUUAGAAUUAAGACCACGAUUGCAAUCCUGCAAUGCGUUUAUUGCCGUACGAAAAGAUCUCUGUUUAAAAAAAGUUCAAAUUAAACUUCUGGAAAGUAAUAUAAUAUUAGUACUCGAAGACUGUUGCAUAAAUCUUUCGUUGCCAUCUGUAAAAGUUAUACCUACUUCUCUGUCCAUGUUAAGUGUAAUAAAUAAUUGGAUUUGUUUUCGUUUACAAACGGCACCAUUAGAAUCUGUAUUUGGAUCAUUCAGUACGGAAAUUGUAACUGAUACGAAUACCUCAGUUCAAUCAAAUAAUAGUUCACAGCCAUUUUUAGACAAUAUCAAAUUAUUUAAAACAUCAGAAUGUAUUAUAUUAUGUACUUGUUGUAAAAAUGUACUUUCAAAAUCGAUUAAUUUUAAAAGGUUUUUAUCUUUACCUAAUCUAGAAUACGAUCCAGAUGAGUGGUUCUGUUGUAAGCAUAGUUCCAAUGUUGUUACAGAUAUACAGUUAAAGGAAUCUGACUAUUUAUAUGGCUCUUGUUUCUCUGUGUUACACAAAACUAUUUUUGAAAACAAUGUACAUAUAGAUAAUAAAGCAUUGAUUUGUAAUAAAUGUUUAUUGCAUAUAGGAACACCUCAUGCAUAUAAUUUAUUCAAAAUAUGGAACUGUUGCGUGGAUUAUAAACCACAAAGUAGUGCACUGAAUACCAUGAAUGCUACUGAUCCACUUAAUGAUUUUCUAGUACUUAUAAAAGAAUCAUUGGGAGAAAUUUUAGGAGAAGAAAUUAUCUUGCAAACAUCUGUUGGCAAGCAAAUUCAUUGUCUUUUGAUAAGACCAAUGGAUUGUAAAUUAACUUUAAUUACAGAGCCUAAUCAUAAAGUAAUAAAUGACACUAUUUCCUUACAACAGAAAUGUGCAGCCAAAGUUUUAUAUAAAUAUGGAACAAGUAAAAUUACUAAUACUAAUUAUUCAAAUAUUAAAUACCUUGAAGUAAGUUUAUCUAUAAUAGAAGCUGGUUUAAAUUAUUUGUUAUCAUCGACAAAACGACUGCCUCAUGUUUAUAGAACUGUUGCUACAGACUAUCUUGUUGGUUAUAUUGUAUUACAAGACAUUGUGAACUAAAUACUAUAGCUAAAUAAUUGUGUAUUAUAAUUUUUAUAUAUUAUAUAUAUUUUUGUACUUAUUUUUAUAUAUAAUAAAGAAAUAUUUGCAUA